AGACCGUUUAUAGACUAUCCAUAAGAUGUUGGCUCUAGAAAAAGUGCAUUUGUAUUAUAUUUUCAACAUAAGGUAGAUGCAAUAAGGAUUACCUAAAAGCAAAUCGAUCUCGACCGAUAUACUACUACUUAGGUAUCAAUACGUUCCCCAGCAGCAUCAACUCCACUCCGGACCUCGGACGAUUAGCAGCAUCUCUCGACAGGCCUCCUUGUAAUUUGGUUUUAUCUGCCAUCCAAUCAACCACCCUUACCAAUGCCUCUCCACCUUCCCGUCGUCUCAAUGUUCUGUAGCAGAAGAUCACCGUCACUUCUCCAACGAAACCCCUCAACAUUCCUCCGUUCGUUGUCAAAAACUCCCGCUACUCUAUUCAGUGCAAGAAUGGCAUCCACGCUCCCAAGAUUACCUCUCUUCGAAGCUAUCUCAAGCCAUGACCCCAAAUCUACAUCAGUAAUACAUUCAGCCUCUGGAAGACGGUUUACAUAUGGUCAAUUAUUACACGAUGUAGCAGAAAGAAGAGACAAACUCUCUAACGAGGCUGGGCAAAAGGGAUUAGAAGGAGAAAGAAUUGCUUUCCUUGUAGAAAAUAGCUAUGAUUAUGUGGUGACAUUACUCUCCAUCUUUGGUACACACUCUAUAGCUGUUCCAUUGUCCCCGGCAUUUCCUGCCCAUGAAUUACAAUACAUCUUGGACCAAAGCGAGGCUUCAAUGUUAUUGUCUUCAACCAAGUUCGAGAGCAAGGCUCAAGAAGUGAUGAAUACUGAUCUGGAAUCCAAACCAAAACAUGUUAAACUUGAGAAGAAGCUCGAGAGCUCAGACUAUGGCAAAGUCACGUUGGAAGGGCCAUCAGAGGGUAAAGGAGGCAUGAUGUUGUAUACGUCAGGCACAACCAACAGACCUAAAGGAGUUCUACUUCCUCAAUCGGUCCUGACAGCACAAUCAAAAUCUCUGAUCGAAGCUUGGAACUACAGUCCUCGAGACCAUCUCCUUCAUGUCCUCCCUCUUCAUCAUAUUCACGGCACUGUAAAUGCCAUUCUUGCACCCCUGUUUACCGGUUCCACGAUCGAGUUCCUCUUCCCAUUCAACGCCACGGCCGUCUGGCAACGCUUCGCUGCCCCUUUCCUACCGGAUACCCAAAUCAAGGAACCCGUCACGUUCUUCACGGUCGUCCCCACAGUCUACAAUCGUCUUUUAAAAACCCACAAAGAUCUCUCCCCCGAACACCAAUCUGCAGCAAAAGAAGCUAUCUCCCCCUCGAACCUCCGCCUCAACAUCUCCGGCAGCGCCGCCCUUCCUACACCCACCAAAAAUGCUUGGUCCACCCUCUCCUCCAACAACAUUCUUCUCGAACGCUACGGUAUGACCGAAGUCGGCAUGGCCCUCUCCUGUAGUCUAUCACCCACGGACCGCGUGGACGGCAGCGUAGGCUGGCCCCUCCCCACCGUGCAAGUCCGACUCGUCGAUACCGAAACCAACGAAGUGAUUGCUCCCGGCUCAGAACUCGACUCCAACGGCAAGGAGCGCGAUGGAGAAAUCCAGCUCCGCGGUCCCACGAUCUUCAAAGAAUACUGGCGCAACCCAGAAGCUACACUCAAAGAGCACGUCGAUGAUCCCGAUGGCGGCGGUCGCUGGUUCAAAACGGGCGAUGUGGCUGUGCGUCGCUAUGUUGACAGCGCGGGGAAAAGUAACCAGGAAUGGGCUAAAGGUCCUAUGUAUUUCAUCCGCGGUCGCAAAUCAGCUGACAUUAUUAAAUCUGGAGGGGAAAAAGUAAGCGCGCUUGAGGUAGAACGGGAAAUGCUAUCGCUUCCCCAAAUAUCAGAAUGUGCAGUCUGUGCCGUGCCGUCGGGAAAUUGGGGCCAAAAGGUCGGGGCAGUAGUAGUAUUGAAUGAAGAAUUUCUAGAGGGAAAGAAAUGGGGACCAUUGGAUAUGAGAAGAGCGCUCAAGGAACGAUUGGCGGGAUAUAAGAUUCCGCAGGUGAUGAGGGUUGUGGAGAGUAUCCCGAGGAAUGCAAUGGGGAAGAUUAAUAAGAAGGUGCUUGUGAAGAGUGUUUUUGUAGAUGAUAUUAGUGGAGAUGAAAUGUAAGAGGUAAAAUUGUAACAUGGAAGGGCUGGAGAAACAUACGAAAUAUGUUGUAGUGUAGUAGCCCUUAUAUAUAGAACAUCGAAUCAAUUCAUUACCGUUCC